GACUUCCCAGAGCCUGCCUGGAGCGCGCACUCAGCGGCUCUCGGGUCCCAGCGUCCCAGCCGCGGCCCGCGCCCCUCCGCCCGACUCCUCCUCCUCUUUCUCUUCCUCCUCCUCCUCUCUGGGCACCCCUGUCCCCUCCUUCCAGCAGCUGCAGCCCCCUGUCCCAACUCGGCCUCAUCCCCAACUCUCCGCACUCACUCUUGGGACGCGCGUCCUCGCCCCAUCCUUCGCUUCCUUCCUUCCUUCUUCCUUCCUCCCCGGGCGCCCGCCCUCCCUCUCCAGGUCGCCCUCCCGGGGCCCGAUUGUCUCGGUGCCCCGCUCCCGGCCCGCGCCCUGCCCCGACUCUCCCUCGCAUUUCCUGAGUCGCCCGCCGCCGCCGUCGCAGUCUCACCGCGGGAUCCGCAGCCCAAGCCCGACAGCCACUGCCCCGGCUCCAGCCCCGCAGUCCGCGGCGCCCGCCCGAGGGAGCCCCGGCGCCCGGGGAAGGCAACAGUGGGCGAGCGCGACCUCGCCCAACCCGGCGCCCCAGCCCUGCCUGGCCCGGCGAGGAAGGACCGGGAAGAUGAACAACGGCGGCAAAGCCGAGAAGGAGAACACCCCGAGCGAGGCCAACCUUCAGGAGGAGGAGGUCCGGACCCUAUUUGUCAGUGGUCUUCCUCUGGAUAUCAAACCUCGGGAGCUCUAUCUGCUUUUCAGACCUUUUAAGGGCUAUGAGGGUUCUCUUAUAAAGCUCACAUCUAAACAGCCCGUAGGUUUUGUCAGUUUUGACAGUCGCUCAGAAGCAGAAGCUGCAAAGAAUGCUUUGAAUGGCAUCCGCUUUGAUCCUGAAAUCCCGCAAACACUGCGACUAGAGUUUGCUAAGGCAAACACGAAGAUGGCCAAGAAUAAACUCGUAGGGACUCCAAACCCCAGUACCCCUCUGCCCAACACUGUACCUCAGUUCAUUGCCAGAGAGCCAUAUGAGCUCACAGUGCCUGCACUUUACCCCAGUAGCCCUGAAGUGUGGGCCCCGUACCCUCUGUACCCAGCGGAGUUAGCGCCUGCUCUACCUCCUCCUGCUUUCACCUAUCCCGCUUCACUGCAUGCCCAGAUGCGCUGGCUCCCUCCCUCCGAGGCUACUUCUCAGGGCUGGAAGUCCCGUCAGUUCUGCUGAAUACUAUGUCCCAGGUGUGUGAUGGCGGCUGCAAUCUGUCUUGUGGGUAUUAAUGCAAUCUUCAGUGGUGGCUACUGUUCUCUAGCUGUUCUGCAAAACUGGAGCGUGCUGGCUUGAAAAAACCUUGCCCAGUUUUGAUCCCUUCAAGACUUUGCUACAGCCUCUAUCACACAUCUGUUUUUCUCAAAACAUAUAAUAAAAAUGUUUUACUCUUUUACACUGUAUAAUUGUAAGAAAUAGUGUGUUAUUUGUGAAUGCAUGGUCUGACAUUUCUGUACAGUUUGGAGGUAUUUUCAAACGAAACGUAAGAGAAGUCAACAAUAAAACCAAGAAAAGUGAGUAUUUUUAUACCAAACAAACAUUUUAAGUAUGCCGGGAUGGACGAUCUUGCACAGGGUUGGAUCACUGUUUUGUGCUUGACUUUUGAAUGCUUGUAAUUAAAAAUAUCUAUUUUUUUCCUCUAAAGUAAGCUGCAUGUUUGAGGCAUGUUUCCAAAUAUUAACCAGAAUUUAUUGUGACUAUAUAGAAAUCUGUGCCUACCCAGAGUCUAGGGUAUAUUAGCGUGGUGUAGCUGUUAGAACUGUUACCUGCAGUAUUAGGUCUAGAAUCCCAGUUCCAUUAAGACAACCCUGCAAGACAAUCAACCGGAAGCCCCCAGGAGCUUCUACCAAUGGCUUAUUCAUAACUGGGCAAAGAAAGCAUUGGUAAGAACAGGUCAGUGUGCCCCGGCAGCUCCAGCUGCGACUAUAAACUGUGUGCCGAGUGUUGCAUUUUUGCAGUCUUCUGUUUCCUUUGUAACUGCAUGCUUCCGUGUGUAACUCACCUUCCACAAGCCAGCCCGGCAGCCCCGCUCCCCCAGUGGAAGUGCAGGGCUCGCCUCAUGGGUAAGGGACUACCUUGGCUUGGGAGGCCAGCCCCGGCCCACGAGGGGCUGGCUGUGCCCAACCCACUUGGCUGCAGCGGGCAGCUCAUGUCUCUGUCUCCAAAGUGAUUUUUGCAAAACAUCGGUGAAUUGAGCUGGUGUUCCCAACUCUUGGUGGCGCGGGGCCAAAUGGACCACAUACCAUGAGCUCCCGAAUGUCGUGUGCUAUGAGGAUGACCUGCCACACCGCACAGAGACGGAAGCAUUGGGCACUGGAACCAGUUCUACUCAGACUUCAUCAAAGUCAGUCUUGUGUUGUCAGUUGACACAUCUCCAGAGUUUAUGACAGCUCAACCGCUCCCCCUCGUACAAGAGGCAUCUGUAAAACCACAGUGACCUAAAUUCAGCUGCCAAACACAAUCACAGGCUUUCCUAUUGAUCUGCUCAGCUUCUGUGGAAAAUUUCAAUGUGAUGAUUACCUGGUUGGUUUGUGUUCUCCUGUUUUCCAUUAGAAAUAAAGAUGUCAAGAAGCUUUUAAAGGUCACCACAAAAAACUACCAAGACUCUACGAGUGAGGGGCCCGCUCUUACCGUAAAUAAGGGGAAAGGGCAGUUAGCACGGGGACUUGUGACGGAGCCACUUUGGUGUUCAAGGACCUGCUUAUGCCCUCAGUGCCACAUGGCUCUUGGUGAGAUGCCUGUACUCCUCUCUAAGGAAAACAGCCACUUCGACACAGUCUAUUAUGCUUUUAUAACUGUUUAAAGGUACUUUUCUAUGGUCGUUUUUAAAAAAUAAAGUGCUUAUUCCA